AUGGAUUCUUUAACGAGCUCCUACGUUCCAGCAGUUCUACUGGUGAUUGCGGUUUUUGCAGUCGGAUAUGUGAUCUCGGCAGGCUUUAAAGGCAAGCCAGGUCCUUUCCUCAAGCCAGCUGAAUUUCAAAACCUACCUCUAAGUCAAAUCACAAAAACGUCGCACAAUACCAAAAUAUACAGAUUCGCCCUCCCAAAUCCUCAGCAGGUGCUUGGCCUGCCGAUCGGCCAGCAUAUCUCGAUUGCAGCAGAGCUUGAUGGAAAAGAGGUCGCAAGAUCGUACACUCCUAUCUCUUCGGACGAGGAUCUGGGAUAUGUGGACUUCAUGAUCAAGUCCUACCCGCAGGGCAAUAUCUCUAAGCAUAUGGACAGCCUCAAGGUUGGUGACACCAUGAAGUUUCGCGGUCCUAAAGGUGCCAUGACCUAUUCUCCAAACAUGGUGAAGCACAUCGGUAUGAUUGCGGGUGGAACUGGUAUUACACCAAUGCUUCAGAUCGUCCGAGCAAUACAACGAGGACGAUCGACUGGUGACAAGACCAAGGUCAACCUGAUCUUUGCUAAUGUUAACCCGGAUGAUAUUCUGCUCAAGGAGGAUAUUGAUACGCUUGCCAAGCAAGAUCCAAAUUUCUCGGUAUACUAUGUGCUCAACAACCCUCCACCUGGCUGGACUGGUGGUGUUGGUUUCGUGACGCCAGACAUUAUCAAAGAGAAGUUGCCAGCGCCUGGCCCGGACAUGAAAUUGAUGAUGUGCGGCCCUCCACCAAUGAUAAGCGCCAUGAAAAAGGCUACCGAGAGCCUGGGCUUUGAGAAGGCGAGAACAGUCAGCAAACUUCAAGACCAGGUCUUUUGCUUCUAA